GGGUAGGGGGCGUGGCUGUGUUUAUGUCGUGACAGAAAAAAAAAAAUAGGUGGUGUUUUCUUGUGUUUGUUGACGAAGAAGACCAAAACAGAGAAUGCGUAAUUGAAAAAAAACCGCAAUAAAAAUAUAAGAGGAAAAUUGGAACGCGACUAGAAAUGGAAAAUGAAUGACAGAUAAAGAAAGAGAAUAAGAGAGAAAAUCAAAAUCCCGAAGAUGAAUACUUACAUGAAAACAAGAGGAAACGAAUCAAACAAACGACGCAGUUUAUUUAUAACAGAUUUUAAUGACUUUUUUUUUUUCUUUUUCUUUUGAUAAACCACAGAGAAAAUGGAGGAAAAAAAUGUAUUUGAUCUUGAAGAAAUUUAAUGGACAUCGAUAUUCAUAAGUAUUGUUUCGAGUGUCAUCUUGAGAAAUGUUGGUAAAGAUUAUUUUGUGAAUUGUAAAAAUGGAUUUACUAAGCAAAGAGAAUAGAAAAAAAUGUGACGGAAUAAUUACUGUGUUAAUUGAAGUCUAAUUAGAACAGAACCGACACCUUUCUCCCUCCGCCUUGGCAAAAGGGAAAUAGUGAUAAAAAGGAGAAGAAGGAGAAGAAGGAGAGGGACAGAAAAGAAAAGAAAUAAUUGUCUUUGUGACUUAGUGAAGGCUUUGUGUAUAAGUGCUCGUUGUGUGGCAAAAGGUUUUCGUUUUUUUUGUGUUGUUGUUGUUUUGAAUAAAUAAAGGACGUCUUGUUGGCAACAGUGUGUCCACGUGGGGCGAGCGUUGGCAACAGUGAGUGUCCAGGAGGAAGGAAGGAAAGAGGGAAGAAGGGAAGAGAGGAAGGGAGGAAGGGAGGAGGCAGACAGCAAGGGGGAAGACGAAGCAGGAAGCGAGCAUGGGCGGAGGGCGCGCCGGCCCCCGGGCGUGAGCGGGCGAGCACGUGGCCGCAUCUCCGAGCUCGCGGGCGGCAUGGAGCGGGCGUGAGUGCCUCCGCAGGUCGCCCCCGGGCCGCCCAUGAGCCACGGGCGCCGCAGAAGCUCAGCUUUAAGCGUGCGACGGCUGUGGCGGUGACCGUAGCGGUAGCGGCGGCGGCGGCGGCGGCGGCGUUGUGACGCGGUGAUGGUGGCGGCCUGCUGGCCUGCUGCUGCUGCUGCUGCGCCCCCGCCCCCCUCCGGCCCCUCCCCCUCUCCCCUGGCGCCUCCCCCCCUCCCCCUCCCUCCCUCCACCCCCUCCUCCUCCUCUUCAGUGACGUCAUAACGGGCCCCGCCCACGCCCGGCCAUGCCCGUGGACCCCGGCCACCACCGCCUGCUGCACGGGCGGGGAUCGCGCCCCUUCGCCCUCGCGCGCUACACGCCCCUCGCCUCCGCCGACGACGCGGGCAGCACUGGCUCCACGCCCACGCACAGCCCGGGCGUCACGCCCCCGGGGCCUGCGCGGGCGCCCCCGGGCGUGCACACCGAGGUGCGCCUCAGCGACGGGGGGCGCGCCGCCACGCACCUGCGCCCGCCCGCCCGCACGCCCAUCCAGCGCCCGUGCACGCGCCACCGGGGUGCGGGCAGCGGCCAGAGCCGCUACACCAAGCUGGGGACGCUGAGCGAGGAGGACACGCCCCCGGGCGGCGGCUCUGGCCUCCUGCGCGCCGUCGCGUCCCGCGGCCGCGGCUACGAGGACCUGCGGUGCCGCGGCGCGGGCGGCGACGCGCCCGACAGCGGCGACAGCUCGGCGCAGUCGUCGCCGCGCGUGUCCCCGCGCCCUUCCCCGCGGCCGUCCCCGCGCGCGUCGCCCAGGAUCUCCCCGAGGGCGUCUCCGCCCAACGGACGCAAGAGGCACUCGGGCAUCCUCAUCACGUCGGCGCUCGCCCGCUCGGGCAUCAAGAGGCUGUCCAGGUACGUGGCAUCGCGGGGGAGGGCGGGUCUAGGGACGGAUGCCCCCUGUGGCUCAGGGAAAGCGCAGGGGCGGCUCCGGGCGCGUCAAGACGCCUCCGGUGACUAA